AUGGGCAUCGAUCAACGACAGGUCACGAGUACGAUCCGGCGGUCCAGGUCCAGGUCCAGGUCCAGGUCCAGGUCCAGGUCCAGGUCCAGGUCCAGGUCCAGGUCCAGGUCCAGGUCCAGGUCCAGGUCCAGGUCCAGGUCCAGGUCCAGGUCCAGGUCCAGGUCCAGGUCCAGGUCCAGGUCCAGGUCCAGGUCCAGGUCCAGGUCCAGGUCCAGGUCCAGGUCCAGGUCCAGGUCCAGGUCCAGGUCCAGGUCCAGGUCCAGGUCCAGGUCCAGGUCCAGGUCCAGGUCCAGGUCCAGGUCCAGGUCCAGGUCCAGGUCCAGGUCCAGGUCCAGGUCCAGGUCCAGGUCCAGGUCCAGGUCCAGGUCCAGGUCCAGGUCCAGGUCCAGGUCCAGGUCCAGGUCCAGGUCCAGGUCCAGGUCCAGGUCCAGGUCCAGGUCCAGGUCCAGGUCCAGGUCCAGGUCCAGGUCCAGGUCCAGGUCCAGGUCCAGGUCCAGGUCCAGGUCCAGGUCCAGGUCCAGGUCCAGGUCCAGGUCCAGGUCCAGGUCCAGGUCCAGGUCCAGGUCCAGGUCCAGGUCCAGGUCCAGGUCCAGGUCCAGGUCCAGGUCCAGGUCCAGGUCCAGGUCCAGGUCCAGGUCCAGGUCCAGGUCCAGGUCCAGGUCCAGGUCCAGGUCCAGGUCCAGGUCCAGGUCCAGGUCCAGGUCCAGGUCCAGGUCCAGGUCCAGGUCCAGGUCCAGGUCCAGGUCCAGGUCCAGAAAUCGGGUCUCCACACUUAAAGACGAUUCUCAAACUCGGCAUAAAGAAAUACCGAGUUAA